CUCUGGUCCGCCUUGAGUCUCGCGAUGUCCUUGGCGGGGGCUUCAGCCGCUCUGUUGUUGCUACUGUUGAUGGCGUUAACGGUCCCGUCAUGCUCCACUUGGCUCGCGCAGGAGAUUUUUGCCACCGACAAUUGCACGAGUAUGCCCGUCGUCGUGCGUCUCUCAGAGUCGACCAAGUGUUCGUUCCGCCAGUGCGCUCCCGUCGAAAUCAACAAUGCUACCAGAUUCAGGAAUUCCGAGUGUAGCAUCACGAACCGGUUCGCGUACGCCCGAGAAAAAUAUGGGGAAUACAACUACAUCGUCGUAGAGGACUACGGAUUUGCCGGGUGCGAAGAUCUACGCUUGACAACGGUUCUACCGGUCUCGGGUGGCUGCUCGGAAUCGCCAGUAAACGGGCAAUAUUCAAUUGUCUCAGCUCUGUUUGCCAAUGGGUCGGCGUUGGUAGCGUUGUAUCCAGAUGAAAACUGUGAGGGAGACACCUAUAUGAGUUUCAUUUUGGACAGUGGUAACAUUUCGAGCGGUGACUGCGUCCAAGAUUACUACAAAUUCUACACGAGCGAUAGCGAGAUGAUUGAGGAAAUCAGUAGCGGAUCAGUCGAUCCAGACGUGGAAAACAGGUCUAGCGAUCAAGAACCAAGCUCACACCUGCAAUUAGUAACCGUAGUAGGCAUCGUUUUAGCUGCAGGUGUGAUGGGGUUUAUGACGGCUGUCUGCUGCUGGAAGCGACGAAUGCCCCACGACAAGCAGAGUACUGAGGACCUUGAUGAUUUUGUGGACUGCGAGCGGUACACGUCUCUGCGAACCAGACAGAAGAGCGCAGCGUUCAGCACAGGUGGCACCAAGAGCUCGUACACAAAGGAAGGGAUUAAAGAGCAGCAUAGUAUCAGCUACUUCUGGGACGACGACGAGAUCGCUGCAGCACGAGUCGACCGUGACAAAAUCGACUUUGAAGGGGUUAUAAGCCAUGGCGGAUACGGACAGGUCAUGUCGGGCUGGUUCAACGGUCAGCACGUCGCAGUCAAGAUGCUGCUACCGGAGAACCGCAAGAGUAUGAAGUAUCUCAACUCAUUUUUGGAGGAAGUGAAGCUCAUGUCUAUGCUAGAACACCCUCGCAUUGUGCAGUUUGUUGGUGUGGCUUGGGACUCGCUGUCCGACAUGUGUCUACUGACCGAGUUCAUGGAGGGGGGCGACCUACGAUCACUUUUAGCAGGUUAUGAAGUUCAGAAGUACCCUGUCGGCUUCAACAUGACCAAAGUGACCAUCGCGCUUCAUAUUGCACACGCACUGACGUAUCUGCACUCACUGGACCCGCCAGUGUUGCAUCGCGACCUUAAGUCGAAGAACAUUCUAUUGAGCGCCACACUGGACGCGCGGCUAUCCGACUUUGGCGAAUCUCGAGAAAAUAUCGACGAAACUAUGACUGCAGGAGUGGGAACGUCGCGCUGGAUGGCCCCGGAAGUGAUGAUGGGGGAGAGAUACGACGACAAGGCCGACGUGUUCUCCAUGGGCGUGGUGCUGUCCGAGCUGGAUCUCCACGCUUUGCCCUAUUCGCACGCCGUGGAGGAUAACAACCCAGGUCGCAAGAUUCCUAGCACAGCGAUUGUGCAUUUGGUGGCGAUGGGGAAGCUCCAGGUUCAGUUCUCUAGUGUCGGACCGAUGGCUGAUCUGGGUUUGUCCUGCGUUGCAGUGAACCCUGACGAUCGGCCGACCGCAGCUGAAGUGCUUUACAAGCUGCAUACUGUUUUGACAACCGAGUAUGAUAGGGGUAGUUGGGAUGAAUAGUGUAAGGGUAACAGUGGAUAACGUAUUGAGUUGGGAGUUCAUGUAUACUGUAAUCGAAGCCCUCUUUGCUUCAAGCACUCGUCAUGUGUCACCAGCCUUCGGUCCACCUUGAAGGGCAGCAAAAAUGAAGUCAAAGUCUCGCUCUUUUCAAGCGCAGGCUUGACAAAAGCACACCGAGAUACUAUCUCAGAUAGGUCAUUGUGGCGGUGACACCACCGUGGUAUUCAUCAAUCUGCUACAUGUACUCUGUUCGCUACGAAAGAGUCGAUUUUCGCGCCUUGCUCCGUACGGCUUCCCGCUGUGUCGGUGCUGUCCGGCUUUUGAUGAUCGAUCG